AUGCAACCCGGACUCAAAGCAAAGAGCCGUGGGCUUCAGGCUUUUGCUCGUGGCAAGUCUGAUAGCAACGCCAACUACAAUGCUGCCACCGAUAAACCGACUCACUGCGAGCCAGAGAAACGCUCGGUCACGCCAAAUGCCAAGGAAUAUAUUCCUACCCGACAAGAACUAGCAGAGUUUGCACGACUUCCCCUCCCUGGAGCUGUCCGCAAGCCCCCGGAAAGUCCUCGCCUAGGUGGUCAGCUCAGAAAUCUGCAGAAACCUCAAUCCCCAGCCAGACAACCAGUGAACAAGGUCUCAGCAACUCAGUCGCAACACGAAAUCUUCAACGGCUCGCAGCUUGGGGAAAAUUUUAUGAUAUCGGGGCUGUCAACCCCUGCCAAUGACUCUGAGGACCUAAUCAUCAGAAGAACUCCAGAUAUCAAGGUGGAGGACCCCCGUCAAGAUCGAAACCAGAUUCAAAGAUUACCACCUAGGCAAGCUCCGGUCGCCUCGAGCCGGGAGCACGAGUUCGCAUUGGGUGCAGACGGCCGACUCUCUGUUGUUCCAGGCGUGCACCGCUACCAUCCAUCACUUAUGAAAGAUGGAUUUUACACCAGCGAAGCUCAACCAGGCCCAAGGCCAUUCAAGUCGCAGAAGACGGUCUAUAGUUUUCCAAUUCAGUCAGCGCCUGGCCAGGCAAAGUUGCCAAUGCGCGGAGUUCGAAUUCAUCGUGGACAGCUUCCAGGAACCAAUGCCCUGCCCGUCCAGGAGGACAAGGUUAGAGACAAAUUCAUCGAAGGGAGGGGUGGAAAAUGGGAACAAAAUCUCGAGGAGGAGAAGUUAAAUGAAUCCAUUCUCGUUAACGACUCGGAUGACGAUUUUGACGCUCUUGGUGCAUUUGGAAAUGCUCACGCCGCUCCCAAGUCGAAGAUGCAAAAUGGACAUCGCACAAAGCUGAUUCGAGAAGACGGCCUAGCCUCGAAAUCGACCCAAAAUGCGCCGGCCAAGGAAAAAAAGCGUAGACGACCAAGCUUGGACUAUGACGACAAAGUCCUCAGUUCCAUGACGUAUCAAGAUCUUCAGGAGGAGCCAUUCGACCUUGUGCCACAACUACUUGGCAUGAACGGCCACGAUAUGUCUACCUCAAAAUUGGUAUCAAGACUUGAACAGUUUCAGCAGCAAGGGGAACAUGAGCAGCGCCAAUUCUUUGCCAACAUGUCCAUCGAGGACUGGGAGGACUCGGGCGACUGGUUUGCCGCGCAGUUCACGGACAUGAUGAAACGGCUGCGAAAUGCUCGGCGCGAGAAGCGCCAAAUGAUCCGGUCGUUCGAGACAGAAGCCUCUCAUCGAGAAGAGGCCAUUCGUUUGCGGACCGAUGCCAUUGACAGGAAAUUAGCCAAGAUGAAGCAAGAUGGCCAACGAGUGGUGGGAGAUAAGGAUCUAUAA